AUGCAACCUCCACAUGAGAACUGGACUCUUGUGACAGAAUUUGUCCUGGGAGGUUUCACCAGCACCCGUGGGGAGCACUUGCCUCUCUUUAGCUGCUUCUUGGUCAUGUACUUGCUGACCCUGGCUGAGAAUGGCAUCCUGGUCCUAGUUGUGGCAACAGAAAGGCGCUUGCACACACCCAUGUACUUCUUUCUCAUCCACCUUUCAUGCUUGGACAUUUGGUACACCUCCCUCACUGUGCCGAAGAUGCUGUCUGGCUUUGGGUCCCCUAGUGGUAGGAUUAUCUCCUACCCCGCCUGCUUGGCACAGCUUUACCUCUUCACCUUCCUGGGCAGCACUGAAUGCUUCCUCCUAGCAGCUAUGGCCUACGACCGCUACGUAGCAAUCUGUGUGCCACUGCGCUACCAAGAGAUGGUAGGUAGAGACACUUGUCUGCUCCUGGCAGCUGGCUCCUGGCUAGCUGGUUUUCUCACCCCAGUGCUGCCUGUCUACUUCAUGUCACAGUUGACUUUUUGUGGCCCCAAUGAGAUAGACCAUUUCUUCUGUGAUGCCUCUCCGCUCCUUGUUCUCUCAUGUACUGACGUUUCCCUGAAGGAGGUGGUUGACUUCCUGAUCUCCUUGGUCGUGCUCCUGGCUUCCUCUUUUGUCAUCAUAGUAUCGUAUGUCCGCAUUAUCUCCACAGUCCUGAAGAUUGACUCCUUAGUAGGACGCCACCGAGCCUUUUCAACCUGUACUGCCCACCUCACAGUGGUGUCUGUCUUCUAUGGCACACUUUUCUUCAUGUAUGUCCGUACUAAAGUUGCUUCUUCAAUCAACCUCAAUAAGGUGGUGUCCGUUUUUUAUGCAAUAGUCACCCCCAUGCUCAACCCCUUAAUCUACAGCCUAAGGAAUACAGAAGUGAAGAGAGCCUUAUAUAGGUCCUUGGGAGGGGAGAAUAGGGUUAAAUCCCCCCUUUAG